GUCCAGACCAUUUCCACAAAUCUUUGGUUUUUUGCUCCACUCCACCCGCGUAACUGCACAGACGAGAGAUAAAAGGCUCCUCUUCUUCUUGUCUAUUACCCCUGUACUCCUCCACAAACUUUCCACCUUGCCUCUUGCAUAUUUGCAUUUUCGCGACGGUCAUCUGGACAGACUGAGAUUACACAUUUGCUUUUUUAUUUUUUUAUUCUAACGUACAUUUAUGGCGGACGACGACUCGCACGAGCAAACUCCUCUGCUGGAAGAUCAAGAAGGCGAACAGGGGCUGGGCCAAACUGAACAAAAUCCAGAGGGCAAUGAUUCUUUUCACACUCGUGCACACGAAGUCAUUAGCAAUGUUCGGGAUGUAAUCGAGAAUCAGAUCCCAAAUGGUCAUCAUACCACGCCGCCGUCGUCUCCGAAAAAAAUCCACGCGCUUCUGCCUCGGCUCUUUGGCCUACUCAAUUCGCUGGUUGAUUCAGUCAAUGUGGAGGACGAUAUUGUCACAGAUGAUGUCGUUGAGUUCAUGGCCGGAUUUGGAAAGGAAGUUGUGUAUUGUCUUCUCCGUUGUGUUGAGACUUACAUGCGAGAAGGGGAGCGCGAUGUAGGCCGUAAGAAACUGCUGGAGCGUCGUGCACAAAUCGCUCAAGUUGCUGCCGUGGCCAUUACCAAGGUUUUUGUGGACAAAGACAUGAUGGCCACAUACUGCCACGUUCUUACUCGACCUUUCUUUGCAGUGGGUGAAGAGCCUAAUACGGCCGAGAAUGCCAUCGAAAUUGCUAUUCGUGUACAUGCUACUGACUUUUUAGCCGACGUUGAGAUUCAACGCUGUGUCCAGGCAUUGUGGAAUGGUCUCAUUUUACAAACAGAAGAUGACCAUUGUCGUGUGCGCUUUGUCGAAUACAGCGGAGUACGACGAUCUCGUCAUCUUUUGUGGGAAUGGAUCGAUAUUGGCCGAUUGAACGUACCAAAGUACCAGAAUAACAUUAAAAUUGCCAUAUUUAUUAUUUUCCUUAUUAUGUAUACAAUUGUCGUGAAUGACCGCACAAAGUACCCAUCGUUCAUUGAAUGGGGAGUGUAUAUCUUCGUUUGUGGCUUCGUCUUUGAGGAAGCUCGACUGAUUUUUGAAGGUGGAACGGCCUUCUUCCUUGGGAGUCUCUGGCAUUGGAUCAAUAUUAUUUCGUAUUCCAUGUUCUUAGUCUCGUUUGCUUUCCGAUUCACAGCAUGCUAUUUGAUGCCUGACUCCGACAAUUUUGACAAGUAUAAUGACAUUGCGUACGACUUGCUGGCUUGUCUUGCAAUCUUUUUGUGGAUCAAGACGCUAUCUCUCCUUGAUGGCCUUCAAUAUUUCGGAACCAUGAUCAUGGUGUUACAAAGGAUGCUCAAGGAUGGUAUCAUGUUCUUCUGGUUCUUGGCGUGGGUUUACAUUGGAUUCUUUCAGAGUUUCUAUGCACUCGAAAGAGACGAGGAGAAAAACUUCAGAAAAUCGACUAUGCUCCUGGUCAAAGGCUUCCUCCAGGAUCCUGAUUGGGAAACCGCAGAGGCUAUUGAUGAACGAUAUGGCAACUUCCUCUUUGGACUUUACCUUUUCUUGACCUCAAUUAUUCUCCUCAAUCUGUUGAUUGCUCUCUUCAACUCGUCAUAUACGAACAUUACAGAUUCUGCUGAGAAAGAGUAUUUGGCUCUAUUUACAUUCAAAGUUUUCUCAUAUCUCAAAUCUCCAGAUGAGUUCCCAUACGCUGCUCCCUUCAAUUUGCUCGAGGUGUUUUUCGUCAUUCCCCUUAGUUACGUCCUCUCCAAGACCAGUUACAGAAAGUUAAACCGAGGUGUCAUGGGUCCUCUCUUCUGUAUUCCUAUCUUGAUAAUCGCCCUUGCUGAGCGAAGACGUUAUCUUUAUCUCAGUAAUACCAAUGAAGAAAACAAGAUUCAGGGCGGACGACGUGUUUAUCGUCAUUUGACUGAGGACGACGCUAAUGCAGAGGACGUGGAUGACUUGUUUUUGUUGGCGACCCAGGAACUUGGGGGGAAUGAAAGUGAAGCAGGAAAUGGCGGGUCAAGGGCAAAUAGUAUUCUUCGAGCAGAGGAGGGUGUAAUUGCUGCAGGCACAGAUGAUCUUUGGACGUCAUCGCGUUCUCCGCUAGAAUCUUUCGAGGAUUUCAGGGAGCGUCGCAUUCACGAGAGAGAAUCAAAGAAGAGCGGAGACAAGCAUUUGAAGGAUCUAAUUGGAAAACCCAUUUCUGGCACUAUCGCCUUGCCCAAUGCGGAGCAGGCGUCGUCCUCCGUGGAUGGAGGCCGUCCUAGACGUCCUUCCUCUUUAGCGCCUGGGGAAAUUGACCAUUCGCAAGGACAACUGACUGAUACACUGGUUCAGUCAUUGUUGGCUAGCUUAGCAAGGAUGGAGAACAGACAGAAAGCCUUGGAGGCUACACUUCAAACUUAUAUUGAUAACGACAAGCAGGCCAAAGCCAUCUCUCAGGCUACUAAACUUACAUCGGAUGAUAUAGACUUGGGAAACACAGAGGAACAGGCAGAUCCUGAACAGGAGGUGCCUGAGGAAGAGGAAGGUAAUCAAGAAAAUGAGCCUUAAAUUCCAUCCCGGGACAUAGUUGUCCAAACUUUUAUAAUUUUUCUAAUAAAAAAUAAAAAAACAUGUAUGC